GCUUCCACAUUGACUCUGUACAGGUACCUCCUGUAUAUAGCCUCCACAUUGACUCUGUACUGGUACCCCCUGUAUAUAGCCUCCACAUUGACUCUGUACUGGUACCCCUUGUAUAUAGCCUCCACAUUGACUCUGUACAGGUACGCCUUGUAUAUGGCCUCCACAUUGACUCUCUGCCAGUACCGCCUGUAUAUAGCCUCCACAUUGACUCUGUACCAGUACAUCCCAGUAUAUAGCCUCCACAUGGACUCUGUACUGGUACCCCCUGUAUAUAGCAUCCACAUUGACUCUGUACCAGUACAUCCCAGUAUAUAGCCUCCACAUGGACUCUGUACUGGUACCUCCUGUAUAUAGCCUCCACAUUGACUAUGUACUGGUACCCCCUGUAUAUAGCUUCCACAUUGACUCUGUACAGGUACCUCCUGUAUAUAGCCUCCAUAUUGACUCUGUACUGGUACCCCCUGUAUAUAGCCUCCACAUUGACUAUGUACUGGUACCCCCUGUAUAUAGCCUCCACAUUGACUCUGUACUGGUACGCCUUGUAUAUGGCCUCCACAUUGACUCUCUGCCAGUACCCCCUGUAUAUAGCCUCCACAUUGACUCUGUACUGGUACCCCCUGUAUAUAGCCUCCACAUUGACUCUGUACUGGUACCCCCUGUAUAUAGCAUCCACAUUGACUCUGUACCAGUACAUCCCAGUAUAUAGCCUCCACAUGGACUCUGUACUGGUACCCCCUGUAUAUAGCCUCCAUAUUGACUCUGUACUGGUACCUCCUGUAUAUAGCUUCCACAUUGACUAUGCUAUUCCUUAUAAAGCUACGCUACAAAGCUACAACAGGUGUCGACAUUAUUGUAAAAUUCUUAAUGACAAGCCCUUAACCAACAAUGUAGUUAAGAAAAAUAAGAGGUAAGAAAAAAAGUUACACAAUAAAAAAACUAUACCGUGGCUACAGAGUCAAUGUGGAUUAUGACGUUCUUUUCAAUACAAAAGUGUAGUGUAUUGUUUCCAAACUGCGUUACCCACUCCAGUCAGCAGAUGGCGAUGAGCGUCUUUUCAGGUGAUGCUUCUAGCGUGACGUAUAAUGGACUGGACGGGACGCUUCUUCAGGAACAACAAAGCGCCAACUCUUUCAACCACUUCGAUAGCUUGUUAGACAACAUAAAACUGAAAGAUUGACGUUUUAGGCCAUGUUAAUGUGCAUUAGCUAAUCGCAGUGUUUAAAACACAUUUCAGUUGACGUUAACUUGAACCUAAUGUGCUUGUUCAAUUUGCAAAUUGUUAAAGAUUGAUACUGAGCCUAGCACUAGGCUAUUCGCUAAUGCUAACUAGCUAGCUAACAUCCCUGACCAUGAGCUCAUUAAACUACUCAUCCCCUGCUAAAGAAGUGGAUGUCUGCUGUCCGGAGAAAGAAGCUCUGGCGCUGAACAUUGUCGUGAAAGACGAAGAGGAGGAUAUUACAGUGAAAGGAGAGAAAGAUGCUCUGGCGCUGAACAUUGUCGUGAAAGACGAAGAGGAGGAUAUUACAGUGAAAGGAGAGAAAGAACCUUUCAGAAUGAAAAAGGAGGAAGAGGAGGCUGUUAUAGGGAAAGAGGAGGCAUCCUCUUCCUCUCUAAAAGGUUCUAUCUCAGUAAAGGUGAAGGAGGAAGACGUUUUGGGAGUGAAAGAGGAGGAGACAGAAUAUCAGAUUAACACCAGAGAGAGACAUGACUAUGGUGGAUCCUCUGGGGAGCCUCAACAACAUCCUGAUGCUGACGAGACAGAGAAGAGUCUCUCCAUUUCAGAACACCAGAUGGACAACGCUAGCCCUUCCUCUCUCCCGGAGUCCUCGUGUCGUGCCUCUCCCGGUAGCACCUUACUGCUGGGUAUGAAGAGGUUGUUUGUGCUGCUGGUGGACUGCAGGAAAACAACGGGGCUGAGUGGAACUGUGAGAGGAGGAGAAGAGAAGAAAGGAUCAGAUUUGACUCAUCAAAGUAAGUGCUGUAAUUUAGUUUGAACAAAUUAAAUAGAU